AUGAUAACUGGUCCAAUCUCUAAGCCCACUGUGACCCUUCAAUCCAACUGGUUCCAGAUAUUCAGAGGAGAGAAAGUCACUCUGAGAUGUGAGAUCCAUGGAGGUGGAGGAGCUCAGUGGACGUAUGAAUGGAGACCAACCAACAGAAACUCUCCAACAUCCAAUGAAUACAGGAUCACUGCAGCUACUCAGUCUGGUGGUACAUACCAGUGUAGGGCUAGAGGAGACUACCAGAUAACAGACUGGAGUGAUGCCCUCAGACUCACAGGUAGAGAUAAACCUCAGCCUGUCCUCUCUGUGUCUCCAUCAGAUAAACCUCAGCCUAUAUUCAGAGGAGAGAAAGUCUCUCUGAGAUGUAAGAUCCAUGGAGGUGGAGGAGCUCAGUGGACGUAUGAAUGGAGACCAACCAGCAGAAACUCUCCAACAUCCAAUGAAUACAGGAUCACUGCAGCUACUGAGUCUGGUGGUACAUACCAGUGUAGGGCUAGAGGAGACUACCAGAUAACAGCCUGGAGUGAUGCCUUCAGACUCACAGUGAGCGGUGAGUCAGACUGA